UGGUCCCAAAAUUGGCCCUUGCGGUACUCCAUAGUUCGCCUCAGAGUGAUGGGAAACACUAUCACUGAUAUACCAACUUAAAACUAAGACACAGGUUCAAAACAUUCCCUCAUACUUCCUGCUAGAGCUCACCUUUACAUAUAGCACCCACUCCCGUCCAGGUGCCGUUAUCGCGACACACACGUGUGGCAGAUCCCACGAGAUGGUACCCCUGGGAGCAGGUGAAAUGGACCUCGUGUCCUACAAAGUACUUAGAGCCGAACUUGGAUCCAUGAGCGGGGGCUUCCAGGGAAGGGCAGGUGGUGGGAGCUGAAGGAGAGAGAAAGAGAGCACGAGAGGAAGGCUGAUCACAUGUGGAGUAAGCCUCCCGACAUCCUCUGGCAUUCUCUGCCUGGGGAUAUACACGUGUCACUGGGCAGCUCAGAGCUUUCAUGGGAAAAGAUGUUUAACUGCCUCAUUUACCGUCAAACAGCAGAGAACCGGCCGUAUGAGUCAGAAGUUCACCAGCAGCAAAAUGUUAAGCUAUGGUGAAUGGAAACUUUAUUGCUUGUAUAAUGUGUAACAUAACUGUAUUACAUAACAGCAUGAUUGGAUUAUGAGUAUGUUUUUGUGCUGAAUUGAAUUAGGAGGAUUAUGAUCAAAAGUUUCCGAUUCUUUCAACCUGAGGUGAAAACCACUGCAGUAUACUGAAUUUAUAAUGUAUAUUUAUGUGGAGGUUUAAACAGUCACAUAAUCAGACCUCAGUCAUGUCCAGGCCAUUCAUGCGGAUAUAAUGUGGAAUUAUUUAACCUUAUUUCUGACCAGUUAUUGUAUUAAAAAUGCUGAUAAAUUUGCUAUUACAGUACUGUACUACAGCUGUGGCUCUAAUAUGCAAAAAGAUGCAUGCCUUACAUUGAACACACGAGAGAUUGUUUCACAGAAUAUCAGCAUAUGUAUAAUUCUGUGAACCAUUGUUGUAUUUCACAAACUUUCUCCUCAUAUCUAGUUUUUCCGCUCAGAUGUUUCAGAUUUUCUCCCUAAAUUGAGCUUUUGGAGCUGCUGGUGGUGUCACUCACCUCUCAGUUCAGUUUUUAUUAGGGAUGUCUGGAUCCUAAUCUCAACUAUUCAAUCACAGCUGAUCAAGGCAUUUUUUAUUCACAUGCUGCACAAUAAAUGGACAUUGUGUAUCUGACAUUACCCUUUUGAUUUAAAGCCAAUCAGAGGUGGUUGCCAUCUUUAGUCUUUUUGUAAAUUGCUGCAAUGUCCCCACCUGUCAACCUAGCCAGACAUCCCUCUCAUCGGCUAGUCUCAUAACCUCAAUAACUUCAAAAAAUUGUGUUAUAAAAGACUCACUCCUAGUAUAGUGGGCGCCCUAAGCUAUACAGACCAAAUCUGUUUUUGAACCAGGCGUCAAACAUGUUUAUAUUUGCUCUGGAAAUUGGCUUUUUUGGCUUUGUGUGUGUCUGUUUUCAGGGGCUUCUGCAGCCAGCCUCAAGUCUGCAAUUCUUCACACUUUCAUUCGACUGGAGGCUGCUUUAUUUAAUUUGUUGGAAACUGAGCACAAUUUGCUGCAAAGUGCAAACAUGCAAGUUACUUAGCAUUAGCCACUAUGUAGCUGAUAUGUCAGCGGUGCUGGAAUAUGCAUUAAUUUCAAGUCCAACAGUGACUUCUAUGUAUGCAGUGCCAUCAUUUUGUGACAUAGUAGCAGGACAAUUAAAUUUAUUUCUACCAAAAGGCAGGUUGAUAAUCGCAGGUAUAAGUCAAAUCGACUAAGCUGAAGACAAUUUUGUUUUUACUUUCAGUUAUUUCUGUAAACAAAAUAAAAACAUAAGGGGAAAAUGUCAAAUCGGGACUCUGCAUCUUCAGAUACUCACUAUUCGAACAUUUGGGCUCAAACAAGCUGACGGGGACAUCCCUCCACAUUCUGCUGUAAAUGUAAAAUACCAGCCACUUUCUAAGCUGCCAAGUCCUCUCCACAGAGCUGAGUCCAUCCCCAACAAAUUACCCUCUGUGUCUGCUGCCAAACAACACAUUUCCACUAAUCCACUCCCCUUGAGAUGGCCUGGAGCUGUUGGAUGAAAACAUAAUCCCAUUUGGAUGAAGCCAAAUCUGGCUCUCUAUUGUCAGUGUUUUAAAAAAUAAUAAUCAUAUUCACAUGAAACAAUAGAAUAAAAUAAAAUUUUUGAUUGCCCUAACCAGGAUAAUUACUUCCUGAAUUACUCAGUGAAACCUCAGUCAUUACAGGCAUGCAUGAGAAAAUCCUUACAGUGUGAAGUGUCGUUGGAUUGUUUCUUAUCCAGGAAGUGCUAUCGUCCAAAAUAAAGCUAAUCCAUCAAACUUCAUGUUUACAGUAUCAUCUUUGCCAUUUUUUCCUGCAUACUCAAACCUGUCAUACUGAUUUUACACAUGAAACAAUCAAAUAAGAAAAUGUAACCACUACACAAAUAAGAUCACUUUUUUCUUGAAAGGGGGUCCACCGAAUCAAAUCAAAAUAUAUCAGAUGAUUUAUUAGGAAUUGAUAACAUUAUUUUUUUUUAUAAUAGGGCAAAAUAUUAUAAAUAAAUACAUGUUUUUAGAUUAUACAUAACCUUUAAAAACACAGCAGUGUAAGAUUUAAGACUAGUGAACACAAAAUGAAUCUCGAUAACUAGGAGAUGACAGAUUAUCGUUCUCGGACGGUUAUCAGGGCCGAUAUUUGGUAUGUGGCUGGUUAUCUGUAUUGGCCUUUUAUUAACUGAUCCCUGAUGAAGAUAGCUGACUAAAAAGUGUGCUCUCCUCCAGAUGUGUCAUCCCCGUUAACUCCUGUAUAUGAAGUUUGACAUUUCAGCUCUGAUCAAACAUUAGCUGAAAGCAUGACGCAAAGUUUUGUUUAAAAGUUUGUGAUGGUUUUCAAUCUACAUUUUGACCGUAAGUUCUUUUAUUUCUACCGUCAAUGCAUACUGGUUCCAAAUAUUGGUUUCAGUCUCAUGAACUAUUGAGUAGUAUCAACCUUAAAAGAAAAACACCCACUGAAAACAUACACACCUCCACAUUAAUUAGCCCAAAGUUAACCAGUAAACAUCUGCUUGAAUGUACUGAACGAGGGAGGACCAGGUUUUCUCCAUAGUUGCUCCCAAGUGUCUUUGAGUGCCAUGGAAAGUGCUUUAUACAUAAUUAUUAGUUGUAAAAGUAAAAGGAGUAGGAGUAUAGAGGGCCAAUCUGAUGGAUGUAUAACUUGGAUUUGUAAGUUCAACCACUGUCGUCCAUCAAACUUAUAGCGCCAAAGUCAUGUUUUGGGGACAAAUAUUUGUCUUGACAAUAAUAAGGGAAAAAAUGUCAAAAAAAUGAAAUAAACUAUGGUUGAAUUUCUGUCAGCAGCUUUAGUUCACCAGUAUUAUUCAUGCUAGCUCACUGACACAUAACUAAUUAGAAAACACCCAGUCAACAUGUUUGCCAUCCAAGGAUUUCCAUGAUGAUGAUGAAGACUAGAGUGACGAUCUGCGUUUCUAUCUGUUUCAUACUCACCAGCUGAUUGGUCGGCUUGAGGCAGCUUGGACACAGAGUUCUGAAGCGUUGCCAGCUUGGACUUCAUGAUCCUGAGCCCCUCCGUGAACCUCAUCUCCUGUCCUUUCAGAAACUUCUCCAUCUGACGAAGCACCCCGACCACCUGAUGUUUAUCCAUACACGUCUGCGAAUGAAGCACAAGUAAUAUGAGCAGAGUUAAGAGUUGUCAGAAAAGAGUCCUGGCAAAACAUUUCAGAAUGGAAAGACUUACCAACCAGAAAACCAGUGCGGUAAUAAAAGUUACCUCAGUGUAACGGCCUUGAAAUAUAAAACAUGAGUAGGAUAUUAAAAUUAAUAAGCUGCCUGAGAGCAUGAUGUAAUAGAAACUAAGCCAAGCUUAUUGGUGGGUACAGUGUUGUCAUAAUUAAAGACAGUUUUAUAGGUAUUUAAAUGUAUUAUGCAACCCUGACAAGAUGUGCAAAGAGUGUUGGGAGAGGUUCCUCUAAAACACAGCUCACCAAGUCACACAAAGAAGGUGAAACAUGAAAAAGCUACCUGAGAUUGAAAACAAAAAGAAACAAACGUGCUCAACUUUUGUGUCAUGAAGGCAGAUGACUCUCUACUCUCUACUUCUCUCACAGACUAAACUUCAAUUAAUCUCACAUUUUUGUCAAUUUUAGCAGAUUAUUUCAACUGGAACUUGAACAUUGAAGGGGUUAACCACCUUGUGAGAGACUACAUGAGCAAACUUUUAAACAAAUGUUCUUCAGCGGAAAAUAGCAAAGAAUUUGGGGAUUUCAUCAACUACAGCAGUUAACAUUGUGGAAAGAUUCAGAGACUCAGAAGGACUCUGAUGGCUGCGAUUGGGACCCCUGGGUGGCAUUGCACUAAAAACAGGCCUGACUCUGAAGUGGAAUUCACUGCAUUGGCUUAAAAUCACUUCAAAUACAGUUCGACAUUCAGACAUCGCCUUUUUUUUUUUCAGGGACAACUUUGCAUAUUUUAGUGAGACAAUUCCAAACUACUCUCUGCAUGUUUCUACGACAGCGUGGCUUCACAGGAGACAAGUCCACAUCCUAAACUAGCAUGGCUACAGUUCGGAAUUUUUUAUCCACUGACGGCAUAAUGCAGAAAUUUCAAAUGAGCACAAGUUUUCUUAUUACUACUUUUAAUUUAAUCUUAAGUUCAUGUUCAAUAGUUAGUAAAUCACCAAGUUCAGUUUUUUGAGCAUUUUAUACACAGUACCUGCAAUGUUUUUGUAACAAAGUUGGUAUAUAUGUAUUUCAUUUCAUAACUGUAAAUAUAAAUGUAAUUAGACUACCAACAAUCAUCUGCAAAACACAGCUGAACUUCAAAUUGACGAAGUUCACCUCUCCUAUACUAUGUAUUAGUCAAUUAAUUCACAUUUUCCAAGUAUGUGCAGGUACAUUUAUUUUCUAUUAGACUGAAUUGCAUUUACAUGUGAGGUAUUGGACCUAUUAUCCUCUAUUUUCCCCUUUUUUUCUCCUGGGACCACAUAGCCAGUGGCUGACACAGCUGGACAAAAGCUGUCCGACAGAUGUCAGGGGGACCUAAGUCCAAAAUGCUGCUCCUCUGUAUAUUUUUCAUGGUGGUGGAGGGCACAUGCUCAUUGGAUAUGCCUGAAUAGGUAGACUCAAAAUAGCAUGGGUGCCACUCGCAGUUACUUGAGGUUUAAAAGCUUGUCAAGCCAUUACAAAGUUCCUCGGGGAAAGUGCCUCUAAUCCUUUCAGGAGGGUUUAAUAAUCACAUGCUCAUUGGAACAAUUUCUCUGUGCAGCAUACCUUAAAUUCCUGCACUGGCAUUUAGGGGAGCUUUGAGUGAUAGCGACUUGCUUCAAUACAUUAAAUUCAUUGUUUGGACCUGUGCAGCAGUUUGACAGUGCUCUGAUCCCUUCACCUGCCCCAGGCAAAGGGGAAAUACCACCAGCUGACAAAGCAUGGGGGGAUUCAUAUCCGGACACUACAAAGAACAUAUUUCUGAAAAAUGCAAAGACAUCUAAAACUUUUUAUUGUAAAAUGUUAAAAGCAAUACUUAAAACUAAACAGAAUUAUUAAUCAUAAUGAAUGUGGUGUGGGAAGACUGACUGGUGCAAAGACAAGAAAAAGAUUACUUUACACAGAAGAAGGAGGUUAGAAAAGAUAUUUUUGCCAAAUUAAAGUUAUUAAUGUAGAUUUCAAAACACCUUGCACAAGUAAGGUGCUCCAUCAACUCAUGUAAUGUAAAAUGCUCAUACCUGAACAGCAGCAUGACCAAUCUGGAUAGCUGUCAGACACAGCAGAAGCAUACACCUGCGUCGAACAGACGGUGCCAUCUCCAAAAGUCCAAUUGUCUCUUUCUUCUGAUGACUGUCUUUAAUAUUUGGAAAGCUGCAAUGCUUCGUUUGAAUCCUCAGAAUAGUUAUUUCUUUAGAUCAUCUGUUUUCGGGCUUACAGAGUUUGGAAGAUGCUCAUCAGGUGUCUGAGGCUACAGAUGCUCUCCCGUCUCUUCUAUGUGCGCUCAGAAAGUUCAGCCCUUGAGCUCUGCACGCCACCGAAGUUUCCUGAAGCAAAAAUCCCUCCCACCGAGAAAACUCCCGGACAUUGAUACGUUUUUUUUUCUCUCUUCAUCUCUUUGGGCUGAAAAGGAAAAGUCUCAUACAAUCUAGACACGUUGGUGCAACACUUUGCACUAAUAAUACAGGCUGUUAUUGUGGCUGUGAAUGUCUGCACGGCAAAUAAAAGUAGAUCAAUUAGUUUUGUUAUAUCUCACUGCGUGCAUCUCUUGUAAUGUGGACUCUGGGAAACAGGCAGGUAAAUUCAAGGUUGUGUUGUGUCGUUCGCGAACGAUUCGUUUAAAAGAACCGAAUCUUUUUAGUGAACGUACUGAACCGAAUCACUUCCUCGAUUGAUUCGUUCGUUCACAACAGCAUUGCCAGGUGAGCAGCCGGCGAAUGAGGAACUGCAUGGAUUGACACCUGAAUCACUUGGUGAACGAAUCACAUAUUAAACUACACUCUCUGGAAUCAUCAACUUGCAUACAAUAGGACACAGCAUGUAACAAAUAGUGCAUUAAACCCGCAGCAUCCUAUCAUUGCAGCGGUUUGCGAGGGAACAGUGCAUGUUCAGUUUGAAUUCUUCUUAACGUUUAGUGAACGAAUCACUCACUGAGCCUAAUCAUAGACUGUACAUACUAUGGACAACUUGGUUCCGCCUCCUGCCAGUACACGGACUUGAAGCCAAAAAGCUCUCCGUAUUUCCGUGAUUUUUCUACAUUUCCUGAAACCAGCAUUGCGCAGUAGCGUUAUAUGUAUUUGGUGGGACAGUCGCUGUGAUGACGCUCGGCUCAAAUAGCGUAUCCCCCGGGUGAGCUGCACAAUCCUUGAAUGCCAGUAGGCUGUAUCAGUUGUCAAUCAUAGAAAACGUCAACUCCCUAAUAACUUUUAAAAACUGAGCUUCACACAAAAAGAGAGGACUUGAGCACAAACCAGUCUUACUGUAACUACAUGUCAACAUCGCAACCAGUGAAGAGAGAAAAUUCAUGUUCUGUGUAAUAAGUUUCUACAGUUUGUCCACAGCUCCAUAGGGAUUGCUGGCGGAGGCGGGAUUUAUGACCUAUACUGCAUCCCGUCAACAGAGGGUGCUGUUCUCGGAGUGGCUUAACCCAGUGAGGAGGCAGACGGCAUCCAUUCUAUAUACAGUCUAUGAGCCCAAUUUACUGUGCAGAUCUGAUAAAUUAGCAUACCAUAGGACAGUACACUGAAAACAUCAUGACUUAUAAACAAGUUCAUUUUUACAAACCUGUUUGCCAAAGCAACACAGCCAAACACUCUUGUCUCCCGGUCCCAGAAGCUAUGAAUUGGACUGAAUCCUGAACCGUUCAGCUGUGUAUCAGUUCAGGAGGUCGGAGUCACAGGCUCCCCCUGCCAAGCGCUGAAUGAUUCGGUGAUUUGGUAAACAAAUCUUUUGAACGAAUCAUUUUAGUGAACUGAUUCUAGUGAUUCAGUAUAUCUAAAAGAACUGCCGUGCCCAUCACUAGUCUGAGUGCGCACUGAAUCUUGACUUGUAGUCUUUCUGGUUUGGAUUUGCAGCCCCACAGCUGCAUCUGGUGGCUAAUGGUGAGACUGCACGAGCUCCUGAAACCAAACUGGUCCAACGCUCGUGAACAAUGCGCGCGCGUGAUCCCUAGGGCGUCAAAAACAAGGAAAUAAUUCCCUAGUUUACAAAGACACUCAAAGAAUUUAGGCCUGAUCAGUUUUUUCACUCAAAAAUAAUAAACUCGGGUCGUUAUGAACGUGUAAUAAGUAAAGUCAUAAAUUAAAACACCGAGAAAGGACAAAAGUGAACGUCGUAUGCACUUUGUUCUUGCAGAUGUUGAAAAUGACAGACAGCGGCGAGAACCAAUACGAAUCUCUGCUCUCUUUGCUCGCGCGUAAACCGACCAAUCACCGAGGAGGAUUUGUUCCAUCCUGUUAGAUAGAUCCGAUAGGAGUAUAAAUACGCGGAGGAAUAUUUGAUCGAGGAAUGUGUUCCUGCAGACCUCAGAAGCCAUUUUGAGCUGAAGUCCCUGUUGAGAAAGUCCAUGAAGAUGCUGAAAUCAACGAACAUGGUUACAUUUCUGUCUGUUUCUCCCUCCGUCUCCUCUAUUUCACCAUGGCAGCUGUCAAGCGACGGGACAUUAGCAAAGCGGGGUAUCAAGCUGCGCUCACAGAGUUAAAACGUCAUUGAUAUGAAAGAGGAGAGUGUCUGUUUACUGUCUCUGUCGAGACAUGUAACACCGUGAGUUUUUUCCAGUCUCAAAUCUUCCAGCAUCUCUCACAACCCAACGUCUCCUUUGAGUGACUUGUGUUAACUCACUCUGGUACCGGAGAGAAGGGAGGGAGGCAGAUCCGUUUUCCAAUGGCUUCUGUGAGCCUUGUUUCCAGUCCCCCAGCCCCUGUUCUUGACAAAAACAUGACAGACUCUGAGCUUGCAGGGGAUGAAAGGUCGAGUAACAUUCUUAUGCAAUUCUUAAUACGCUCAUCUGUGCGUUUCAGUGCUGUGGGUCUACAUGCUUGUGUUACUGUUCUCUCUCUUUUUUUUCUUUUUUAAAUCAUCAAUUUUGCAGGGUACAUUGAGACCACGGUUUCCCCCCUUUAAAAAUAUAUUUGCAUGCUCUUUGGUGCAAUUGAUAACGCCGGCCAAACAGCGCAGGUUUCCCAUCGUUUUGUCGAUCAUUCAUGGUCAUUUCCAUGCGAAGGUAUCAGACCUCGUCGUUUGUGUUUGCUGUAGUACUGGGCUGGAUUCAUGGCUUCAUUGUUGCCAUCUGCAGGAGACUAUGCAAAUGGCUAUGAUGCAAUCGCCACGCCCACCCUGGCUCUGCGCUCCCUCUAGCGGGCGUAUGGAAGAACUGCAGCCUCGGGGUUCAUGCAGGGUUGACAUUGUGAUUCUGCUUGUGGUUUUAGGCCGUGCCUUUGUCUUUGUGGUCGGUCUCCAGUCUUAACAAGGCUUCAGACCAUGUGUGCAUUUUGUAAAAGCAAAGAUUUGACCAAAAUUUACUGUCUUUAAAACGAAAACUGGAGUUAUGUCAGCUGGUACAUGUGCAUGUCUGUUUUAUACCUUCCAUGCCACACCUGAAUAUGGAUGCACUAGUGUUUGAGAUGGAUCAGAAAAGUGAAGGAGAAUCAAAACAAGUCUUAUUUUAUGGUUUCAUGUGCUUAAUUGGAAAUGUUUUGAUAAUCUGCCAACUCUUUACAUUAAGCUCCACUCAGGUACAGGUGGAAAAAUAAUCAUAGAGAUAGUAUUGAGGUGUGUGGAUCUUUAACUUUGACUCAGAUGUAAUGGAGGCUUUGGAUAUGGAGGGUGUCUUGUUGAGGCUUGAUACGCUCUGAGGUUGCUACUAGGGCUAAAACUAAUACAAAAUCUUCUUAUCGGUAAUUCUUCCAAUUAUUUUUAUGAGUCAAUUUAAUCCUGGAAAGUUUUGAAAAGGCCCCUGAGCGGAUGACUGAAUUUCUUCACUUGUUGAGCAAGUGAAAUUUUCAUAACAAAUUGACUUUUAAAAGUUGUGACUGAUUGAAAAAUCUUCAAAAUAAUACAUUAAUGCUCAAAGUACUCAACAGUGAAUACUCUGAGUGAUAAAUCUUGCAGCCCUAGUAGCGCCUCAUUGCCAACACAGUCUUAAGUCAGCAUGAGGAAGUUUUUCACUGUAUUGUGUUUUUAAUUUCAUGAUCCUUCCUUCUAUUUUUUCAAACUGACUUCACAUGUCAUGGGAAUCAUAUGAAAUGAUGAAACUCACCAAUGUUGUAAUGUGAAAGGAGAUGGUCACGGCUGCUGCUGCAAACUGAUAGAAAGAAAGCUUGUGCCGUCUUUAAAGAUGGUUAUGUACUGAUUAUCAUAUCAGAAGUUUAGAUGAUGACUUUUCUGAAUUCCUGUGUCCAGCAUUGGUCACAUUUUUAGUCCUCAGAAUCACUUGUAGAUCAGGAUUUUCAUUCUGUUGGUGUCUGUAAAAAUUCAGAAACUUUGACAUUUUAAUGUUUUAGUUAUUACAGCAGUAGUAAACCUGUUAUUUUUAAAGUGUUGACUGUAAAAAUGAUCUGGUACUAAAAGUUCUCAAAGCCAUCUCUGACUCCUGGCUGUUGCAUGAGGAAGUUAAAUACAUUUUGCCUAAGAAAUCAUAGAUGUUAGCUGUAGGGGUGGAACAAUAUUGUUUUUUUUAAGGCUGAUACAGAUACCAAUAAUUAGUAGUUUAUGAGACUGAUAACCAUGAAAGCAGAUUAGGGCUACAGGAGGAAAUUCCAAUAAUAAAAUUUAGUAUUAUUAUUAUUCUGAGAUUAAAGUCAGAGGUCUGUGAAAAAGAUCGGAAUUCACAAAAAAGUCAGAAUUCUGGUUUUAAUCUCAGAAUUCUGACUUUUUCUCUUGAAAUUCUGACAUUCUUCUUAUUAUAAUAAAAAAUAAAUAUACAUGUAUAUAUGUAUUGGAACUUUAAUUUCCCCUGGUGGCCUUAAUAUUCAGGAGUAUUUAGGAGUUAACGGAUUGCAUGCUGCAUGGUCAUGUGACAUCCAGCCUAUUCUUUAAUUAAAACAACUACAACACAGCUCAUAGUGAAUGGAAAGGAGUAUUAAAACACAGACAAGAUGUUAGAAAUGCAGAAAAAUAACAGUUUCAUUUCCUGUCAGUAUAGCAGUUGGUCAUUCUGGGUUAUUUGCUCACAGCUGUUUUCAUGCAUGAUGCAAUAAAAACAUUUCAACUCUUCAUAUUGAUGUUAAUGUACCGACUGUUUCGUAGGGAGGACGGUGAACUUGAGGAUGGAGAAAUAGACGAUGAAGGGAUCGGGAUUGAAGAAGAAAACAAAGAUGUUCCAGAGGUGAAUGAAGAGAAAGAGAAGGAGAAGGAGAAAGAAAAGACGAAGGAGAAAGAGGAGAAGACUCACCGACACUCGAGGAAGAGAUACAAAAAGACCCGAGAGAAGAGGAGGUCUAAGAGGAGGAGGCGGGACAGACAGAAAGUAAGAUGCUCACUGGUGCUGGGAUGAGUUUGAAGGUGGAGGGACGGUUUGAAAGGUUUGAAUAAAAACUUUUAUAACUAUUCUAAAACUUUUUUUGAUCAUUGCUCUCCUCAGCACCACUCCCCCUCCAGCAGCUCCAGCUCCGAUAGCUACGACUCCGACUAUGACCGACCAGAAAGGCCCAAAAACAGGAGGAGCCAGGGAUCAACCCGAGAGUCUGACAGCCAGUCCUCUCAGGUGAGUCAGUCUCAGACAAGCUAAAAACCUGCGCACCUCACCAAACACCCGAACGUCAUCGUUUUCUCUCUUUUACUGCCAGCAUGGACGGGAUUCAAAGGGAAGCCACGGCAAGUCGCCGCCACACAAGAGCAGCGAUUUUGACAAAUACAGCGACUACAGUGACGACAAGUAUGACUACGAGGAAGAGGAGGAUGAUUAUGAAGACGACAUGACGGAUUAUCCUCCAUCAAAGGAUUCCCAGGGAAGAGGGCGCCACGGAAGAGAGCAGAUGAAGAGGGGAAACAUGAGAGGGAUGAAACAGCAGCAGUGUAAGAGCGUGUUUGAUAUCAGAUCAUUCAGAUUAAAGGGGAAACAUUAAGAGUCAACACAGUGAGGAAGAGUAUGUUUUUGUCUGCUUUUCAGUCGGGCAGAGGGGAAGAGGAAGAGGGAGCGGACCGGGGAGAGGACGGGGGAUGCUCAACAAGAACAAGAAGCUGAAAGGGAAACCCUGGGGAGGACGGGGACGAGGUCGGGGAGGAGACAUGGGCAUGGAUGACAUACCACCUGUAAGACUACCUCAGUGUUGGAUUUUUGAGGAGAUCUGAUAAACCAAUAUUCUCAAACUUAUUUGGCCACUACUGAUAGUAAUAGUGAUAUAACCACACUUUGUUUUUACUGUUAAGUUUCUCUUGUUAGUUUUUAAGUUCUCUCUCUUAUUUGUGCAUGACUCAACUGUUUGUAUCAUCUGAGGUUAAAAGACUAAAAACAUAAAAACAAGUUCUGUUUUUAUUUUGUGUCACAGGAAGGAAAAAAUUCCUCCGGUUUUCAGAAGAAACGGCCGAUCAUGAGCAAAGAGUUUAUCAAUCAGCACACAGUCGAACACAACGGCAGAUACAUCUGCAAGUAUUUCCUUGAGGGCCGAUGCAUCAAGGUGAAGUGACACUAAUAUUAUUUUGAAUGUGUUAAAAUGUGAGCGGACGCUGAUGCUGGACAUUCAAAGAUGACAGGAUGAUAAAUGUUUGGGUUUUUCUUCCUACAGGGGGAGCAGUGCAAGUUUGAACAUGAGCUCGUUGUGCCAGAUAAGAAGAAGGAGCUGUGUAAAUUUUAUCUCCAGGGAUACUGCAGUAAAGGAGAUAACUGUAUUUACAUGCAUAAUAUCCUUUUUGAACGUGGAAAGAAAAGUUUUUAAUCACAUUUUAUUUUUUUUAUUUUUCUCUCAUCUUUGUGUUUCACAAUGUGUGAAAAAGCCAGCACCACUAUAAAAUCAACAGAACACAUAACAGUCAGGACAGGAGUUGAUAUAAAUGAGUGAAGUAAGGGAGGGGAAAAUAAACUUGCGUGUGCACAAACCUGCAGAACUCCAAUUAUUAAGGCCAGGUGGGAGGUUAACCCAUUUAGGUGAGCGUGCAGAAAUAUCAGGAGUAGUUGUAGUCAAACACAGGUAGAACUAAUUUUUCAAAUGUAUUUUUAAACACUGAUUUGAUAGAAUGGCCUUCAUAUAUAAAGAACAUUUUGAAGUUGGUCAAUUUGGGACGUAUUUACCCCGGAAUUUAAUUAUUAUUUUCCAGAAUAGUAUUUUCAUUUUUUUAAGCAUGAGUGUUUGUCCUUCCCUUAAUCACAUUUUUAGCCACAAAUUUGCCUUAUUCGUUUAUUAUUCGCUUUCCUUAACCUGUGUUUGCACAUGAAUACCCGUGCAAGUUCUUUCACACUGGGGCCAAAUGUUACCAAGGAGACAACUGCAAAUUCUCCCAUGAAGCUCUGAACGACGUGACCAAAGAGUUGCUUGAGAAGGUAAAAACAAAAAGAAAAGAUGAUGAUGAGGAUCUUUGUUUGAUGAAAUUCUGAUAAAAGGUCCAAAAUGUCUUCUUUACAGAUAAUCAACACUGAAGAGGAGAACGCCCGUGAGGACGAGUUAGAGCUGGAGGAUCUGAGGAAGCAGGGCAUCGCCCCACUUCCAAAGCCUCCUCCUGGGGUGGGUUUGCUGCCGACUCCUGGUCAGAGCAGUCCAACUGAUGGAGCUUCUGGCCAAGCAGGAAAGAAGAUCCCCUCCCUGUUUGAGAUCAAGGUUCAACCUACUGUAGACUUGGCACAAAAGAUCGCUCUGAGGUAACCAAAAUAAUCAGCUGGAAUCCCUCUGUGAGGAACGUUUGGACUUUAUCUAAUGAGGCUCAUUUCUUUUCAGUGGAUCCAACUUCCAGAAUCAGGGUGAAGGCACCGAGGAGUUUGGUGGAGGCUCAGAGGAAACACAGAGCGGAGGGAACAUGCCUUCAGGCCCUUUUGCUGCUUCUAUUCCUCCACCAGGGUCACCUGGUCCUAUGGGUCACCCAACAGGCCCCCCUAUGCCUCAGAGCCCUCCAGGACAGCACCCACCUCAUGGGUUUCCAAUGCAGCCUCCCCCUCCGUUCAUGCCUAACAUGCAGAGACCUCCGUUCCCUCCUCCAGAUCUUCAGAUGCUACAAAGUCUCUUCUCUUUUCCAUCAUUGGGCCAGAACUCAAUGGAGGUCUUCAGCAGCUUUCUCCAAAACCAGGCCAUGGGUCAACAAGGGGGUCAGUGCCACAGUUAUAAUCAUGUUCAUCUCUUAAAAUCAGCUUUUGAAAAUAUACAAGUGAAGUCUUUCUGUUUUGUGUUUCGAUGGAGUAGACCCGACUGCAGCCUUCAUCCAGAACCUCCAGCAGCAGAUCGGUGCAGAGUCCCAGCUGCAGUCUUUACCACCAGCAGUGCAGAAAGCCAUCUUUCUACACCUGACACAGCAGCAGCAGCAGCAGCAGCAGCAGCAAGAGUCAAACCCACAGGGGACUGAGACACUGAGAGCAGAGGGACAGGAUGACAGUAAUGCAAACAGGGGUGAGUGCUCAGAAGGACGAAGCAGGAUCAGGUUUCAGGAGUUUGGAGCCAUUUUUACUAGAUUUAACCCUCACAGCUAUCAGGACGGGGUCUGAGCAGAACUUUAAAUGACCGUAUUUAAAUCUCUUUUGCAGAUGAAACCACAAACUGGUACUCGAGCGAUGAUGAAGAUGGAAACUGUGUGUCCUCCAUCCUGAAAUCCCUAAAGAAGCAGAGCGAGAUGCACCAGUCUCAGUCCAAGCCCCCCCAGGCUCCUCAGCUGCCUCCAGGAUUAGGCGACCCUCGGCUUGUGAAGGAGAGAGGCCCUCCCAGCGACCCCCGAGUGAAGUCAGACCCUCGCCAGCGGCCUCUAGAUAUGAAAAAGGAGUCUGAUGGAGCUGCAGACCCUCGGCUGUCCAGAGACCCCAGGAAGAUGAGACCGAUGGAGCCGAGUUCAUACCGCCAGCCUGUUCCUCAGAAGCCCCCCGCAGGAGACGAGGAUGAGGAGGGAGAGAGGGAGCUGAGGGACAAAGCUGUCCUCAUCCCUCUUGAUGCCGGUCCUGGUGUGGUGCUGCGGGACCCUCGGUGUCAGCUGAAGCAGUUCAGUCACAUCCGUGUGGACAUCAUCCUGCAGCGGCCCGCCUUUGCUCAGACCGUAGUCUGGGCUCCUGAGGACCUCAUCCCUUCUUUGGUCCCCAAACAGGAGCACUCCAUCAAUCUCCCUCUCCCUCCUCUGAUCGCAGACGCUCAGAUGAACCGAUCAAGCCUCCCUGACCACCCCCCUGUCUCCAGCCCCCCACCCACUGACCCCAGACUGGCAGCUGCACGUUUGAAGGAGCGCAUGAGCCGACUGUCCUCUGGAUCUCUAGAGUCCAGAGCAUCCUCGGACAGACCUGCAGAUCCACGUCAACAAAAGAACAUGGACCCCAGACUCAAACGUACGGGGAGUCUGGACUCAAAGCUAAUAGGUCAGAAAGACCCAAGCACAGGGGGAGGCGUUGUGGACCCCAGACUGCAGAAAGCGAGUGCUGGCUCCUCGCCUCAUGCUGCACGAGUCAAGCCGGAGCCUGAGAAGCUGCCGCCAUACGCCCCUCGUCUGGCAUCCUCAGGUGGGGGGCUGGAGAGUCCUACUACCAUCCUCGGGGGUAUCAGCCUGUAUGACCCUCGUAACCAGAGCGAGCAGGCUCAGAAGGAGCAGGCAGACCCCCCGAAGAAGACCGGGAUCCUCAAACACCCAGAGAAGAAGGACAACAACCCACCACAGUCUCUCUCGCCACUCCAAAAAAGUGACUCUUUAGAAGACGCCAAAAGCACAGACCCUCCCUCAGAUCAGCCUCGCCCCUCCACUUCUCCUUCUCUGCUCCCGGCCUCACCGGUGAAACCCCCCGCUGUUCAUAACCUCCCCAUCCAAGCGUUGGCUGGACUGAUACGACCCCAGUACACCGACCCCAGGCAGGCCAAACAGGGAGGUCAGGGCUCUGCGGGAGCCCAGGAGGAGGCGGAGGAGAAGAAGGAGCAGGAGGAGGAGAAGAAGGAGAAGGAGGACAAGGGGGAGGCGAUGGAGGAAGAUCCAAAACAGGGAGAUCCAGAGGAGGAGGCGGAUGACAGGACUCUGAAAGACGUGUUCAAGACCUUUGACCCCACAGCUUCUCCUUUCUGUCAGUGAACACCUGGAGCUUGAUUUGAUUGACUUAUUUAUUUCUGUAAAUACUGACCCUGUAUAAAAUCACAUAUCGGUGCACUACACACUCACCAGUAUAGAGAUGAUGCUAUAGACACAGUGUAUAGUCAACAAUCACGUGUGUUUUGAAAGUGUGUAUGUCUUUUUAUCAUUGUGGUUUUUUUCAUGUAUGUUUUGAACAAUCAUGUAAAGUUUUCACUAAGAACUGAAUACAGUGUUUACUGAGCGCCUGCUUCACUUAAAGGCAUUACACGCUGUAAAAUAAACCAGCCAUCCACUGAAAGAGAGAGAGAGAGAGAGAGAGAGGGGAGGAGGGUUGACUUUGAGGAUUUUUGUAUUCGCUUAUUUAUUCAAAGACACUUUUAUAUUUUGAGAUUUUUAUGUUAACGCUGGAUUUUUGAGUUUCUAAACAAUGUUUUUUUUUGUUUUGUUUUUAUCACACACCCUGAUUUGGGUUUAAGUUUUGUAAUAGAAGCCUAACCGUGCAGUUUUUCUAUACACUGCACCUGAAAGUCACAUAUUUUUUUAUUUUUUUGGUUCAUUUUCUGUUCCUUCUUGAAGUGGUUUAAAUGCCUUUAAGAUAUUGGCUUCUCAGAUUUGUUCAUUUGGCAUAUAGAGGAUAUUAUUGGAGUAGAUUAAAACUGUUGAUUCUACUUUGAUUUUUGAUGUUGCCAUCCACGCUGACAUGCUUGUACAUAGCCAGUAAAAAAAUGUCUUUUUAGUACAUUAGGCAUAUCAAGAAAGAAAAAGAAAAGUAUACCGUAUUAUCUCAGUUACAUAUGCUACAUAUAUGAUCUUUAUGACUAUUUUCUAUGUUGAAUUAAUUGUAAAUUGUGGUUACAUGUGUUACAAAGGUUGAAUAUUGUUAAAGCGGCAUCAAACUUGUAUUAUUUGACAGCUGUGUUUAUCCUUGUCUCGCCGUAACCAAGCUAUCUGCCUGUUCCUUUUUUUUUUUUCACAAAUUAAAUUUGAAACGCCUGUUUUGUAUCACCUGUACAGUCUGUUUUUGAGUGUUUUAAAGACUAAUGGAGGUUUUUUUUGUCUGUUUAGUGAUCAUGGUUGUUACAAAACUGUGUGGCAUUUUAACAACAUAUUUGCCCCGUCACAUUUCAGUGAUUUUAUUAUGAGUAUCUGAAAAAAUAAAGAAAAUAUAAGGUUUUUUGUUUCAGAA